GUCACCCUAUUUCUGACUUAUGGCGACCCUAUCACAGGGUCAUAUGUUCAGAAGUGGGGUGCCCUUGGCUUCCUCUGAGGCUGAGAGAGUGUGAGUUGCCCAGUAGGUUUCUGUGGUCGAUCAGGGAUUGGAACCCUGGUCUCCACUGUCCUAGGCUGCAGAAAUAAUCUAGUUUGACACUGCUUUGACUGCCAUGGCUCAGUGCUAUGGAAUUCUGGUGAUUGUGGUUUUGUGGGGUGUUUAAUCAUCCCUAUCUGACAUCUCUGGUGGCAAAACAAACUACAGUUCCCAGAAUUCCACAGCACUGACCGAUGGCAGUUAAAGCAGUGUCAGACUGGAUUAUUUCUGCAGUGCAUAUGCAGCCCUAGUCUAAUGCUCAAAUCAGUACACCACUUGUCUUUCUGAUGUUUUGUUAGUUCCUUUCUGUGAAAUACGACCUACAGCACUUGGUAUUCCUGGGUGGUCUCUCCUCCAAGUAUUAACCAAGGCUGAUGCUGCUGAUCUUCCAAGAACAGACAGAAUCUGGUGCUUUUUAAGGAUAUUUGGGCUAUUUGCUAGAAUUAGCCUGAUCUAAAUGUAUCAUGUCCAACCAUUCCAUCUGGAGCCCAGCUGAGCUAUUUGGGAAAAUUAAAACUUCCUCAACAUGAAUUUUUUCCUGGAAACACUCAGAUUCAUUGUUCUGCAUAUAUAUUUUACACUGGAGGCUGUUGUUUUAUUAUUUAUCCCUGUGCGGAAGAAGAAUGUUGUUGGUGAGAUAGUGCUUAUAACUGGAGCUGGAAGUGGAAUUGGAAGGCUUAUGGCUUUAAAAUUUGCUCGUCUUGGAGCCACGUUGGUUCUCUGGGAUAUCAACCUAGAAGGGAAUAAAGAGACUGCCAAGCUGGCAAGAAAAAUUGGAGCUGAAAGAGUACAUGAUUACAUUUGUGACUGCAGUAAAAGAAAGGAGAUUUAUGGAACAGCAGAUCAGGUGAAAAAAGAAGUUGGUGAUGUUAGUAUCCUGAUUAACAAUGCUGGCAUUGUAACAGGGAAGAAAUUCUUGGAUUGUCCAGACUUGCUGAUAGAGAAGACCAUUGAAGUGAACACAAUGGCCCACUUUUGGACUGUCAAAGCCUUUCUUCCAGCAAUGGUAGCCUCUAAUCAUGGACAUGUGGUGACUAUUGCUAGCUCAGCUGGAUUGAUUGGUGUCACUGGACUGGCAGAUUACUGUGCAAGUAAAUUUGCAGCUGUUGGCUUCGCUGAAUCUCUAGCUGUAGAAUUGUUGUCAAUGGGAAAGACCGGUGUUAAAUCCACAAUUGUCUGCCCAUAUUUUAUAAACACUGGAAUGUUUGAUGGCUGUCAAACAAAGUGGCCGCAUGUUCUGCCCAUUCUAGAUGCAGAAUAUGCAGCUGAAAAAAUUGUGUCGGCUGUGUUGCGGGAUCAGAUAUAUGUCUAUAUGCCACGAAGCAUAUACUUUUUCAGUGCACUUAAAAGCAUCCUUUCAGCAAAAUUGUUUUUUCUUGCUGGAGACUAUGUGGGAGCUUUCCAUUUCAUGGAUAAAUUCAGAGGACGGACAAAGACAACUGGUGAAAAAAUAUCAGAAAUCAACAAUAAAAACUCCAAAUUCACUUGAGUAAGUUGUAUACAGAAAAGCAGAUGUAUACAACUUCUAUAUCAGUUUCUUACUAUUGUAAACAUGCAUUGUUAUGUAUGAAACACCAGACACUAUCAUUUGCAAGAAAUAAAAUCUAGUUUAGAGCCAAGUUGUUAUGAUUAUUAUUAACUUGGAUAUAAACAACAGUCAAACAUAAAAGAUUAUAUUUCUACUUUUACCUUUUGCAAAUAAAAAACUAAACAAUGGCAAUAAUGAA